AUGAAAAAUAAAACCAUGUUGACUGAAUUUAUCUUGCUGGGUCUAACAGAUGUCCCUGAACUUAAGGUGGUGGUUUUCACUUUUCUGUUCCUCACCUAUUUACUCAGCAUCAUAGGAAAUCUGAUUAUCCUCAUUCUCACCUUGCUGGACUCCCACCUUCAGACUCCCAUGUAUUUCUUUCUCCGGAACUUCUCUGUCUUAGAAAUGUCCUUCACAAACAUCUUCACUCCCAGGGUCCUGAUCAGCAUCACAACCGGGAAUAAGAGUAUCAGUUUUGCUGGCUGCUUAACUCAGUAUUUCUUUGCAAUAUUUCUUGGGGCAACAGAGUUUUAUCUUCUGGCCGCCAUGUCCUAUGAUCGUUAUGUGGCCAUAUGCAAACCCCUGCAUUACAUGACCAUUAUGAGCAGCAGAGUCUGCAUCCAGCUGGUUCUCUACUCUUGGCUGGCUGGGUUAUUGACUAUUAUACCACUAAUCUCUCUGAUGAGUCAACAGGACUUUUGUGCAUCUAACAGGCUGAAUCAUUAUUUCUGUGACUAUGAGCCCCUUCGGAAACUCUCCUGUUCAGACACAAGUCUCAUUGAGAAGGUUUCCUUUCUUUUGGCAUCUGUGACACUAGUGGUCACUCUUCUGUUAGUGAUUCUCUCCUAUAUGUUCAUCAUCAAGACUAUUCUGAAGCUCCCCUCUUCCCAGCAAAGGACAAAAGCCUUUUCCACUUGUUCUUCCCAUAUGAUCGUCAUCUCUCUCUCUUAUGGAAGCUGCUUCUUCACAUACGUUAAGCCCUCAGCAAAAGAAAAGAACACUUUUAACAAGGGAGUAGCUCUACUGAUUACUACCAUCGCACCUUUGUUGAACCCCUUCAUUUAUACCCUAAGGAACCAACAGGUAAAGCAAGCCUUCAAGGAUAUCGUCAAAAAGCUUGUGAAUCUUUAA